CUGUUUUCAACUAGCGACAUCCAUUCCAGUCUGCAGUAGGAGCAUGUUUGGUACUGUUUGAGGAGACUACUUGGAAGGCUUGGGCAGAUGAAUAUCCCAUAUCUCUUUUCCAGCAAUAAAGGAGAAAGAACUCCUUUUAACUUGCUUUUAGACAACUGCAUAACCUAUUUUUGGUAUUUUAAAAAUACACAUUUCUUGUGCCUUUAGUGAUUUGAACAAUAUUUCAAAGACACCUUAGCAAACUGAGUUGUUUAGAUUUCUUUUACUUGUAGAAGUAGCCCUUCAUUACAAGGCUCUUAAAAAACAUAUGUCAGCUUGACAAGUUUCCAGCUCGAUGAUAACAUACUUGAUGACCUCAGUUCCGUUCUUAGUAGGCAGACAUUCUCAACAGCAAAAAUACCUCAAGCAACUGAACAAAAAACCACCAACCCAGCCAUCCUUAAGCACGGUUUCUCCUCAUAGGCUGAAUCAUGCAGACACUUCAGUGAUCUUCAUACUUUGGGUGUAAUGUGAAAGUUCUUAUUCAGGGAUUCCACAGGCCCUUCUUUAUCCAUGGAAAAAAAUAUUUAGGAGAUUGUUGUGUAAUCUCCCUUUUUAAAAGUACGUCUAUGAAUGUAAAUUAUUCCCAGUUGAUUUCCCACUGAAAUAGUCACUUGUAUUUUGCACUGUGUAAAAACUAUUUCAUAUGCAAUUUUAUGUAAUUUUUUCCUGCAUAGUAAUGCUCAGGCUGUUGCUCAUUUAAAAGCUUUGGAGAUCAAAAUGUCUCUGUUUUGUGUAGCUACAUUUCUGAAAAAUUAGAGGUUUUUCUUCCCAAGAGAACAACAAGGAUCUGCCAUUAACAGCCACAGGUUUUUGUGAGCAGUUGGGCAGAUAGAGCUAGUCUGAAGCAAUGUAGAAUAUGAACCUAAUGGCAAUUAUUCAUAAAUCCAUUUGCCCAAAUGUGUUAGGUUUUAGGUAGCCUGGGAUUAGCAACCUGUAAAGAUAAAAGCAUCAGCAUCUUAUGAUUUCCUUCAUCGCUGUCCUAAUAAAUUCAACACUAGUUCUUAAAAAUAACCACUGUAUUUUUGUGUAUGCUUAGAGUCACAGCCUGGGAUUUGUUCUCUAACUUAAGGAAUGGGCUUCCUUUACUUGACUAACCAUUUUCAAAUGUUCAGUCAGUUCUUCACUCUGCAUAAAUCAUACUUGCACUCACUGAAUGCAGAGAGAAAAAAUGGAGGAAUAUGGUUUGGUAUUGUCUGGAGCAAAGUUUCACGCUUCCCACAGUGUUUAGUGCGUGUGGUGGUUUUAUUGGCCCGGGUCACUGAUCACGGCAAUGUUGGUGCUUACUGCUCGUUAGACAUACUUUGAACCUUCUAGAAAAGAUGCACAAGAAGUUGCUGUUUUGCGUGGAAUACUGUUGGUGAGAAUAGGAUGGGGAUUAAUUUCAUAGCUGUGUGCUGAAAUGGAGUUUGUAAACGUUCAUGAUCUAGAGUUGGCUGUGUUAAGUGAUCAAAGUACUGCUGAAAAAAAUCAAUCGCACUUCAUUUGCAUCCACUUUGAGACCUACGGAGACUCUAUUAAUAUCAUUAUGAAUUUAAUGCCUGCUUCCUUCUGGUGUGAUGGGAGAGUCUUUGAGCAGCUUCUUCAUGUUAGGAGCUUUUCCCAGUGUAGUGGAAAGGAAAUGAACUUUUGGUUUUUGUGUUAAACAUAUGGUCAAUUCUAAAUAAUACUGUUGUUUUGUUUACUUCCUCUUGGAAAGCGCUGUUGAGUUAGAGAGGCAUGUGAUACAUAAAAUGUGGGUUUGGAAAGGAUGACUGUAUUUUGUUUGUAACAAAUGUGAACUUGAAACCAACACAAAAAUAAGUCUAUUUUGAGCAAAUACGUUAUGAUGUUAAGGUUAAAGGCUGGCUAGGGACUGGAGAGCUGUGAUUAUGAUAUCUCACUGCUACUCAUUUUUGUUCUGUCACUCUUAUUUUUAGGGGCAGUUAGGCAAGAACCCCACUGUAUAGUAAAUGCUGGGUAGACCAGUGACAACUUGAUGCUGGUAGAAAGAACAAGAUUCUGGUAACCCUGUGUCUGUUCGUUCUCUCCAAACGUUCAAGAGCCUUUGAAAUUGAUGAAAGUUGCACUGAUAAACUUGUGUUAUCUUUAGAUUUCCAUCAGCGCAUAAUCAGAACACUCGAAGUAGUGUUGUUUGUUCUAAAUUUGGGUGUCUGUGCCUCAUUUAAGCAAAUUUACAGCUGAAUUUACAUUUGAAUUGUCUUUGACUCUGAGACUUAAGAAUUUAACUCUAAACCCAUGAACAGAAAAGAACAACAACUUUUUGUUGUACUUCUGAAGUUUGUUUCUGCCAUUAGCAGAUUAAAAACCUGGAGUGAAUGACAGAACAUCUAGGUCCGGUGCAGGAAAUCUGACAGCAAAACCUAAAGAUGCCAAAAAAUCGCUCAAAAAUAUGAUUCUUAGUAUUUACAAUACCAUGAUUGUUAUGCCCUUCUUCCUUUUUUUCCUCAAAACUUCUCCAUCAAAUUAAAUUUCAACUACUGCCAUGAUUAUCUCUGCUACAAUGUGCAGCUUCUCUCUCCUUGUUCUGUGACUGCUUUCCCUGUAUCCCAGGAAAACAGGAUGACCUUGAAACAGUUUGUUGUUACUCAUAAGUGACUUGGCAAAACGCAUUUUGAGCAUAAGGCAUUCUUUUCUUGUAACAGCUUAAAAUAACUACUUGAGCCACUGAGCUUGGGAAAGUAUUGAUACUGGGAAAGAAACCCUUUGUAUAACAAUUCUGUUAAAAAAUUCAAAAGCUUCAGUUUAACAGUGAGCUCCUGAUAUCAUCUAGUAUUCUGCAGUGGUUGCUUUUAUUUUAAUUACUUUUUUUUAGAGGUUGACAAUUUGAUAUUAAUCCAAGUUCUGACAAAUUGGUAAAAACAGAAUGUGUGUUUUAUCCAGGUUUUCUUGCAUUAACACUUUUGACUCAUUUUUGCUGCGGUGGCCACAUGAUUUUCAGAUCUGUAUUGCUGAUGGAUUUAAAGCAGAAAAUUAAAGUUUUUAUGUAGUCUUUAUUCCCAGCUUCUAUUUAAUGAAGAAAUAUUUGGAAAUAACAUAGUCUAAAUAGAAAUGUUAUCUUCUGUCAAAUAAUGGAAUUAAAAUGCUUGUAGUAUUUCUAAUAAACUAAGUUUUAACUUCACAGUGUUUAUGGAUGAGAGUAAAACCCGUAGAAGAGAGGAAAUACCAGGCUGACAAUAUUAGUAUUGAAACGUGAAUUUUCCAGUCACUAAGACAUAUUAGAUGUAACUAAAUGUUGUCUCCCUCUUAGAUUUUCAUCUCUUUCAGCAUUUUAUCCAAAUUAUUGAUCUCAUGAUCAUUUACUUUUUCCUCACUCUGUGAAGACAGCAUUUCCAUUCAUUAUUUGUUGUUUAUUUUUUGGGAACUGCAAGAUCCUAAUUAUUUUUCUGUAUUACUGAAGUAUGCGUAUCAAUGCACUAAGAGUUUACAGGUAGGAGUGACAUUUGUAAAUAUAUAAAAUAGUUUCCAUGGAGAUUUGAAGAGCUGCAGGUAAAUCUGACUUCUGAAGACGGAAUAAUUUGGUGAAAAGUGUUCUCUGAGGAAGAGCAGGCUCAUGGAUGAAGAUGAGAUAGUGGGGAAGACCAGGCCAGUGUUGUGAAUAAAGUCACACCUCACAAACCUUCCCAUAUUCUCAACAGAAAGACAGACCUGAGCAACAGUGUCUGGGUUAGUGCAGCUCCAAACCCCACAAACUUGCCAUGGGAUAAGGAAGAGUCUUAUGGAUACAUAACUGAUCAGAAGAUGGAAAUUAGAGCAUGUAUUAUUUAAUAUAUUUGCAAUUGUUCUGAAAAAAGGGAAGGGGGUUUUGAAUAUCGGAGUGACGAAUUCCAUUAUUGUGUGUGUAACCAAAUGUUGGUGGUACGUGCUGGUUAUGAAGGGUUGCAGAAGCACCCUGUGAUUCAGAGGGAGUAGACAACACGGUGGAUGAAAGAUCAUUUUGGCAAACAGGAUGUGCUUUCAGAGAGAGACUCCUUUACCUGAAUAUACAAAAUCAUGACUUCUGAGCUAGCUCUUACAUUUGGGAAAAUGUUUUUGGUUUUGUAAUAGACCUGUGGAAACAUGAGCUUACAUGGCAAGGCACCACUCUGUGAGACAUCGUAAGGUCUAAGAAUCCUUCUAGCAGCUUGCCCCUGUGCCUGCCUCUCCCCCACGCUGUCAUCCCUGUCCCGCCACUCACCUCGUGCAGGCCCCAGCACUUUGGAGCCCAUCUCUUAGCGGAUUUAGUCACUAAAAUGGGAGAAGACUUCCCCUUGCAAAAAUAGCUGAAUAUUUUUCUGCUGUUUCAUGAGCGUUGUCAGUUGACCGAAGGAUCUGGCAAGCUAAGGAGGAACAGCAGAGGACUUCACUGCUGGAAAUGGCUGAGCUGUGAAUGAAGAAGUAAGAUGAGGGAGGGUGGGAAAAGGAGCGAACUGAGAGCCUCCCCUUCAGCGCAGCAAGGCUGCGGGGGCCGUGCCAGAGCGGCCCCUGUGCCAAAGCAAGGAGCAGAGAAGGGAACGGGUGAUGGGAUGUUGCUGCUGGACUUGCUGGUGGUGAGUCUUCUGCUGCCUGCAGCCACAAAGCAAGCAACCAAAAAAGAUUUUGUAGAAAUAGGAAAAACACAGAGCAAAUGCCAACAUUGAUUCCAGGUAUAGAUUAAAGGCUUCUCUUCCAGCAGUGUCUAAAUGGACCAGGACUCUCAGCCUUGAAAAGAGGACGGGAGAAGCAAAUGGUAGAUGACUGUAGAAUCAGAGGUGACAUUGAGGAAUCGUUCUUUGUCCUUGUCAGUGCAAGAUCUGGGGGCAUCAAAUGAAACUAGAGUUUUCAUUAGCAAAUGAAAUAUUACUUUUUGAUUUGAUUUUUUGAGUGCUGCAGAUUCUUAUGUUUAGGGGAACUGUGAAUAAAAAUAAUCCAGACCUUUUCCUGUAUCUUCAGAGAUGUAAAUGAUCUCUGUCCUUUUUCAUUUCCUUUGUAAUUUACUUUCAUUCGGAAAUCCGUCAUUCUUGUUACUUUUCUUGCACUUCUUUUAGGUCUAAGGUGUUUUUUUAUUCAGUUAAAUGAUCAGGAUUGUACCUGGUAUUUGAUACAAGGUCAGGUGUAUUCAAAUGGAUUUUUAAAGUUUAUGCAUGCCUUUGUCAGUCUUAAUUGCUAAUAGUUAUUUUUGUGCAAAUAAGCAUGAUUAGAAUAUGUUGUAAGAGGAGCUAUCUGCAAAAGGCUUACAGACUUGCCUUGACCUUAAUUUUUGUGAUAUAUUAGAAUACCUGUGAUUUUUAUCAAAUGCUGCAGAUACUUCAAAAAGUUUUGGAGGACAUAUUUUUUUCUUCAGAUGUCAUGGCUUAAAAGCAUGCAUAAUGCUGAAUUAUUUGCUUAUUUUUACUCUUCAAAAAGAUGAUGCUUGUGAAUCAUGGGAACUGGUAAUUUAAGUAGGGUCUUUUUGUGAGAGAGUCCCUUUAAGCUUUGGUAAAAACCACAGAGUGUUGAAAUGAUGAUGAUCUCACAAUGUCUAAUGUUAAUAACACUGAGGGUCAAUAUGUUGCUGUGGAUGAUGACUGCUACAGAAUUAUAAACCUAUCAAAAUUAAGAGACAUUUUGUACUAAAAAUAUUUAGUAAUGGAUUUUUUCUGUGUCCUGUAAUAAGUAGAGAUUCAUCAUUUAGAUGUAGUCGUAGCUAAUAUGAAGCAGUGCUUUCUAAUUCUUCAUAGUGUAAAUCUCCACAGUGACUGCAGUGACUUUAGAAUUAGGCCAUUAUGGCUAAUAAAUGCAUGAUAUUCUGAUAACUUUUCAUUAAUUUUAGCAAUAUCACUUUGUCCUAGAGGUAUAUUAUUCAUCCUACAACAAAGGAAGAAAUUGCAGAAAAGGUUGGUUAUGGGAAUUCAUUAACACUACACUCUUACUCCUUGAUAUCAGCAGGUCUUAAAAGAAAUGCUGUUCCAACUUCACAGAUAUUUCCUAACAGAGGUGGUGAGACUUGUACACUAGAGGACUGACCCAUAUUAAAGCUUAAUUAUAGUAAUGGAUAAUCCUGCACAUAUAAAUUAUUCACGGUUGUUUUGUAUGUGAAGUAGCAUCAUGAAUAAACUAAGGAAGAGUUUCUGGAAAAGACCCUGGACAAAGGCGUAAGUUUGCCAAAAGAUAGUUUUGCUUCUUGUCUUUUAAUACAGAUUUAAAUCUGACAGUGUUAGGUUUGCAAGCACAUUGCUAUAUGCACAGCUUUGUGCUUUGGAUAUGUUUUGCUUAAUGGAAAUCAACAGCAGCAAGUCCUGGGGUUCUACACCCUUGUAGUGUUCCUUGACUAAUAUGUUAUGCAAGGGAAACAUUCCUACCUAAACACAGUCCUGGUACAAAAGUUGCAAUCUCAACUGUCUGAUAAGAUUCCCACACUGUCACUAGGAUGAGAAUUCAUUAGUAUUACCCUCUUAUCCAUUGAUACCAACAGGUCUUAAGAAAGUGUGGUAACUUUUUAGCUAUUUCCCAGGAAGGAUUUUGAGAUUCAUACAUAGGCUUGGACUUUAUUUUCUGGUUGGCUUAGUAGAUUUGUGUAGUGUAUAUUAAGUGUGUCGCAUGAAUAGUUUUUCUGACAAAAAGAGAAAAAGAAAUAUCUGAAUUAGUAUAAAACAGGGCCCCUAAGGAAUGGGGCAGCAGCCUCCUGCUGACGGCUCCUUCAGCAAGUGUCUUGGAUCCAAAGAGAAGAAAACAGUGCUGUCUUCUCUGGGGAGCUUUCACUGGUCUGACUUUUCAGAUAACCUUCCUAGUAGUAGCCCAGAAAGGAAGGAGUUAAGAAGAUGCUUUGAACCCAAAGUCUUCUGCUUCAUCCCCACACCCUGUUGCUGUACUUCCACACCCUGUUGGUGUGCAGGGAACUACCUUCCGCUCACCUUUAGCGUGCUCAGCAGGAUAGUCACUACAUUUUUCAGAUUAGCAUCACUGCUGAAGCCUGUUUGAGUUUACACAGCAAGAAGGAGUUCUGCCUGCUCCUCGGUGCCGUACAACCUUGCAGGACCGUCAGCUUUUUUCAUUUGUACAACCUGUUGGGAGAACUGAAAUUGGUCUCAGAUGGGCUCCGGUCCUUGUGGAUUGUUCCACGUCAUACAGGAUUGAAGACUGUUCCUGUAAGCUGGGUGGAAGUUUGAUGGUACUGAGUUCUUCUUUUCUGCGGACACUGUUUGCUUGAAGGUAACCGUCCUUUGGUGGAUGAAAUGGCAGACACAACUAAGAGGAAAAUUACAAAGAAGUCGUCGUCUUUUUCAUAUGAUCGCCGGAGAGAUUCAGUGAAAGUCAGGAGACAGUCCAAGUCUCUUAGCUUUAAGUCAGCUACACUGGGAACUCAAAAAAGGCAGAAGCAGAAAAAGCAGCUCGUAGCUGUGUUUGAUGAGCAAGAUCCACACCAUGGAGGUGACGGCACCAGCGCCAGCUCAACAGGCACGCAAAGCCCGGAGAUUUUUGGCAGCGAGCUUGGCUCUAACACGGCGUCCGCCUUUCAGCCUUACCAAGCAACAAGUGAAAUUGAGGUCACUCCUUCAGUGCUUCGUGCAAAUAUGCCUCUUCAUGUCCGACGUAGCAGUGACCCUGCACUGAUUGGCCUCUCAACCUCUGUAAGUGACACAAAUUUUUCUUCAGAAGAGCCUUCACGGAAAAACCCUACAAGGUGGUCCACAACAGCAGGAUUUCUUAAGCAGAACACCCCUGGCGUACCCAGUGCUCAUGAAAGAAAGAAAGAUGAAAACUACAGAAGCCUACCACGAGAUACUAGUAGCUGGUCUAACCAGUUUCAGAGAGACAAUGCUCGUUCAUCGUUAAGUGCCAGUCAUCCAAUGGUGGACAAGUGGCUGGAGAGGCAAGACCAGGAUGAAGAUCGAACAGAGGAGGACAACAGCAGAGUUGAGCCUGUUGGUCAUGCAGACACUGGCUUGGAGAAUGCUACCAAUUUUUCCCUGGAUGAUAUGGUAAAGCUCGUUGAAGUCUCCAACGACGGCGGGCCUUUGGGAAUCCAUGUAGUGCCUUUCAGUGCCCGAGGCGGAAGAACCUUGGGGCUGCUGGUAAAGCGAUUGGAGAAAGGUGGAAAAGCUGAACAAGAAAACCUUUUUCGUGAGAAUGAUUGUAUUGUCAGGAUCAACGAUGGAGACCUUCGGAAUAGGAGAUUUGAACAAGCACAGCAUAUGUUUCGCCAAGCCAUGCGUACGCCCUUCAUUUGGUUCCACGUGGUCCCUGCAGCAAAUAAAGAGCAGUAUGAACAGUUGUCCCAAAGUGAGAAGAACACCUACUACUCCAGCCGGUUCAGCCCUGAUUCCCAGUAUGCUGACAGCAAAAGUAUUAACAAUUCUGGACUUCACACGUUACAAAGAAUGUCUCGAGCGGGUAACCAGUCCGAUCAGACAGACUCCUACUCGCAGCUACCUCAUAGUGUGAAUUCAUCAGGGAAACCACCCUCGGGCCUGGUACCAUCACCUCAGAAAGUUCUCACCUCCACUGCAAACAGUGGGUAUAACACCAAAAAGAUAGGGAAGAAGCUCAGUAUACAACUGAGAAAAGGUACAGAAGGCUUGGGAUUUAGCAUUACUUCAAGAGAUGUCCCAAUUGGGGGCUCUGCUCCAAUUUAUGUGAAAAACAUCCUUCCGAGAGGUGCAGCUAUUCAGGAUGGGAGACUAAAAGCUGGAGACCGAUUAAUUGAGGUAAAUGGAGUUGAUUUAACAGGAAAGACCCAAGAAGAAGUUGUGUCCUUGCUGCGAAGCACCAAGAUGGGAGGGACUGUCAGCCUUCUGAUUUUUCGACAGGAAGAAACAUUCCAUCCAAGGGAACUGAAUGCAGAACAAAGCCAGUCACAAAUUCCAAAGGAAACGAAAGCAGAAGAAGAAGAGCUUGUCCUCACACCUGAUGGCACCAGGGAAUUCCUGACAUUUGAAGUUCCACUGAAUGACUCUGGAUCAGCUGGACUUGGCGUGAGCGUCAAAGGUAACCGGUCAAAAGAAAACCAUGCCGAUUUAGGAAUCUUCGUCAAGUCCAUUAUUAACGGUGGAGCAGCAUCUAAGGAUGGCAGGCUUCGAGUGAACGAUCAAUUAAUAGCAGUAAAUGGAGAAUCAUUAUUGGGCAAAACAAAUCAAGAUGCAAUGGAGACCUUAAGGAGAUCCAUGUCCACUGAAGGAAAUAAACGGGGAAUGAUCCAGCUUAUUGUGGCGAGGCGAAGAAGUAAAUGCAAUGAGUUGGAGUCGCCUGGGAGCCCCUCAGGGCCAGAGUUGCCCAUAGAGACCCUGCUGGAGGACCGGGAACGGAGGAUUUCCCACUCCCUCUACGGUGGGAUCGAGGGGCUCAACGAGUCACCCACAAGGAACGCGGCGCUGAGUAGGAUAAUGGGUAAAUAUCAGCUGUCUCCAACGGUGAACAUGCCCCAAGAUGACACUGUCAUUAUUGAAGAUGACAGGCUGUCCGUACUCCCUCCUCAUCUCUCUGACCAGUCGUCAUCCAGUUCCCACGAUGAUGUUGGGUUUGGCACCGUUGAUGCUGGCGGAUGGGCUAAAGCUGCAAUUAAUGAGUCAACAGACUGCACUCUUAGUCCAGAUGUUGAUCCAGUGCUUGCCUUCCAGCGAGAGGGUUUUGGACGCCAGAGCAUGUCAGAAAAGCGUACAAAGCAAUUUUCAGAUGCCAGUCAGUUGGAGUUUGUUAAAACACGAAAAUCCAAAAGCAUGGAUCUAGGUAUAGCUGACGAGACUAAGCUCAGUACAAUGGAUGACCAGAAAACAGGUUCCCCAACCAGAGAUGUGGGGCCUUCAUUAGGUCUGAAGAAAUCCAGCUCAUUAGAAAGUCUGCAGACAGCCGUUGCUGAGGUGACUCUCAAUGGUGACAUUCCCUUCCACCGCCCGCGCCCACGAAUUAUCCGAGGACGAGGCUGCAAUGAAAGCUUCAGAGCUGCCAUAGACAAAUCAUAUGAUAAACCUGUAGCAGAUGAUGAUGACGAGGGCAUGGAAACUUUGGAAGAAGAUACAGAGGAGAGCUCAAGAUCUGGUAGAGAAUCUGUGUCCACAGCAAGUGACCAACCAUCCCACUCAUUAGAGAGGCAGAUGAAUGGAAGCCAAGAUAAAGGCGACAGAAAAAAGGCUGGAAAGGAAAAGAAGAAAGAUCGAGAUAAAGAGAAGGAUAAAAUUAAGGCAAAGAAAGGAAUGUUGAAAGGCUUAGGAGACAUGUUCAGGUUUGGCAAACAUCGCAAAGAUGACAAGAGUGAGAAAACUGGUAAAAUAAAAGUGCAGGAAGCUCUUACUUCAGAAGAGGAGAGAAUACGAAUGAAGCAAGAACAGGAGAGAAUUCAAGCAAAAACUCGAGAAUUUCGGGAGAGACAAGCUCGUGAGCGUGACUAUGCAGAGAUACAGGAUUUUAACCGGACAUUCGGCUGUGAUGCGGACCCAAUGUACGCUGGGAUCGCUUCCUAUGACCCUUCAAACAGCGGCACGAUAACCCUGAACACCCGACCACAAAGCCCGAGGGAAGGGCAGACAGUGGAAUCCUUGUACGCCCAAGUGAAGAAGCCGCGGAAUUCAAAGUCUUCACCUGUGGACAGCAACAGAUCGACCCCUAACAACCAUGACCGGAUACAGCGCCUGAGACAAGAGUUUCAGCAAGCAAAGCAGGAUGAGGACGUGGAAGACAGGAGACGUACUUACAGUUUUGAGCAGCCAUGGCCAAACACCAAGACGUACUCACAGAGUGGCAGACACUCAGUAUCAGUAGAGGUUCAAAUGCAGCGGCAGCGGCAAGAAGAAAGAGAGAGUUUUCAACAAGCUCAGCGGCAGUACAGCUCACUACCCAGGCAAAGCAGAAAAAAUGCCAGUUCUGUAUCUCAGGACUCCUGGGAGCAGAGCUAUUCCCCUGGCGAAGGGUUCCAGACUGCGAAGGAAAAUCCCAGAUAUUCCAGCUACCAGGGAUCGAGGAAUGGCUAUAUGGGGGGACAUGGCUUCAAUGCCAGGGUAAUGCUAGAAACACAAGAACUGCUCCGUCAAGAGCAGAGGAGGAAAGAACAACAACUGAAAAAAAAAACUUCUUCUGAAGGGCCUAGCAACUAUGACUCGUAUAAGAAAAUCCAGGACCCUAAUUAUACCCCUCCUAAAGGUCCUUUCAGGCAAGAUGUACCGCCUUCACCGUCUCAGGUUGCCAGGCUGAACAGAUUGCAAACACCAGAAAAGGGAAGACCGUUUUAUUCUUGAGGUGAAGAAAAUGAAGAUCAACUUGUCAUGCAAUAAGGAACAUUUUCAUAUAAAGACUCAUAUUUUGAAAACUUUUUAAACUGAUGGUACUAAGGAGUAUAUCCGUUGUCUGUUUCAGUGCCUUUAAAAAUACAGGCAAAGCAUUGGUGGGCCUUAUGUCUUUGCCGUUCUGUCUCAAGUGUUGAAUUCAUGGAAGGAUGUUCCACCAUUUGACAAUCAUAGCGGAAGGGAGCAACCCUGCCCCUGCAUACCGACUCCUGUAGCCCAGUCGAGUAGUUGUCGAUGGCUUAUUACUAGGAUUUGUUGUACUGUGUUUUACUUUGCAGUGACUUAUUACACCAACAUGCAGCUUUAUGGUAUAAAUUUAAUGAAUUUGAGGUUGAAGGAAGCAUUGACAUGUCCUUUUUUAUUUCUUUCGGGUCAGAAGGAGGGUUACAUAUCACUCUUGAGUGGAUAAGGCUUAGCUCUACUCUGGAUCACAGUCGCAGUUCUAAGAUGUUUUAUGGUGGAGUCAUUACCAGUCUUUGUUGAUCAAUAUUUAAGAGUCUAUAUGCUGAAAAACUAUCCUUCUCCUAUUAUGCACAUAAGCACUCUUUUUCUCUCGCUCCCUCCCCACUCUGAGCUUGUUAAAGAAGCCUUUAUCCUGACUCAUGAGGAAAACAAUAUUAAGCUUUCAGUUAUCCUGAGAAUCCGGUUACAAUUGCCUUAUAAUCUUAAUACACAGUCCAUUAGAAAUGAAAUAAGUGGAGAGAGUCUAUUUAUACAGUCACAGCCAAGCCUUUGAUAAGUAUAUUUUACUAUUUUAUUAAAGAUGGGCAAUUAUGAACAAACACAGAACUGGGUUCUGCUUUACCUCUGAAUGAAUUUGGUCAUAUGACAACUGUGUCUAGGGUGGGAACUAGGGACGGUCAUCUGAUACACAGUUAUCUUUCUUUGGUCAAAUUUUGGAGAUAGUUUAAAGAAAGAGCAGAAGAAAUCAAAGUUUUUCUUUGGAUCAAAAAACUGAAAAGAAAAUAUUUUCUUCUUUUUGCAGUUAGUGAAUCUUUGUGGACAAUUGCCUUGUGCUUCCGUAUACUGUAUUGUUGCAUCGUGAUGCUAUAUUAAAAAUAAACCUUGAAGUAUAUGAAAGGGAGAUAAGUGGAGACAAACUGUUACACAUCAUCCUGAAAACAUGUCAGUAUCCAAAAAUAACUAAAGCAAAAAAGAUUGCUCUAGCAGUGAGUAAUUGAAUGUGCAUAUGGGAUAUGAGAAUUUCUUUUGCAGCAGCUGUUUUUAUGUUUGUUGUUCUGAACUUCGUGUAUUGUAAAAAAUAUAGCUGGGUCGCUGAAGUGCCUGCAAAUCCUGAUGUGAAAAGGCUUGAGAAUGGAUCUCAGCAUAUCGUGUACAAAAAGGAAAGCAAGAAAGUGAGAAAGAAAAUCAUGUAUUGUGUGAUUUCAAAAAAAAUGCCUAUUUUUUUUUACUGGCACAUUUUAUUUUUGCGCCAACUUGUUUCUAGAAUAUAUGUGAAAUAUCAGCACACAUAUCUGUGUCUUUUAUGCCUGUUUGUUAAUGAUUUUUGUUGUUAAUAAUGUACUCCAUGUUUAAAGUUGUUACUAGUGUAAGCACAGUGACAUUGGAUGACAAUAGCUCUUUUACGCAGAAUUUGCAAAACUGUGUAAAACAGCUUUCCGUGUACAUAUGAAAUUUGGAAUAAAAGGCUGUUUCCA